AUGGUAAUUAAACGAAAACGCAAUUCGAAUCCGACCGCACCAGUUUCGGCGCCAGAGGUUAAGUCGGAGGAGACUACAGCACCUAGUCCUACAAAUUCUAGUAAGGUUGAGCGUCGAGGACGUCCACGAAAAUUCUCAGAAUCAGAAGAACCUCCAAAUGAAAAACCAACUAAAUCAUCUCGUACAGGUGAAACAUUGAAGAUAAUUUCUUUCAAUCCAAAAGGCAUCGGGACUUCAAAUAAAGGAAAAGAAAAAGACGUUGAGUCUGUACAUUCAGAACUCACUUCAGA